CAGUGCUUUGCCGCUCUUGCUCUCCGCCGUCUGUCUACCUCCAGAAAUCGUCGACUACAAUGGCACCCAAGAAAGGAGUCAAAGUAGCUUCCAAGAAGAAGCCGGAGAAAGUUACCAACCCAUUGUUUGAGAGACGCCCAAAGCAAUUUGGUAUCGGUGGUGCUUUGCCUCCUAAGAAGGAUCUUUCUCGCUACAUCAAAUGGCCUAAAUCAAUCCGUCUUCAAAGGCAGAAGCGUAUCCUUAAGCAGAGGUUGAAGGUGCCUCCAGCUCUUAACCAGUUUACCAAGACUCUCGAUAAGAAUCUCGCAACCAGCCUCUUCAAGAUUCUUUUGAAGUAUAGGCCAGAGGACAAAGCUGCAAAGAAGGAUCGCCUUUUGAAGAAGGCUCAAGCUGAGGCUGAAGGAAAGCCUGCUGAAUCCAAGAAGCCCAUUGUUGUUAAGUAUGGUCUCAACCACGUCACUUACCUCAUUGAGCAGAACAAGGCGCAGCUUGUGGUCAUUGCACACGAUGUUGACCCUAUUGAGUUGGUGGUCUGGCUACCUGCACUGUGCAGGAAAAUGGAAGUCCCUUACUGCAUUGUUAAGGGGAAAUCUCGUCUUGGAGCGGUCGUUCACCAGAAGACUGCUGCUGCCUUGUGCUUGACCACUGUCAAGAACGAGGACAAGCUUGAGUUCAGCAAAAUCCUCGAGGCCAUCAAGGCUAACUUCAACGACAAGUACGAGGAAUACAGGAAGAAGUGGGGAGGUGGCAUAAUGGGAUCUAAGUCUCAAGCCAAGACCAAAGCUAAGGAGAGGGUUCUUGCUAAGGAGGCUGCCCAGAGAUUGAACUAAGCGAUCCUUUAGUUCUCUGCUAUGAAACAUAUGAUAAUGUUUUUGUUUAGCGAUAUUUUGAAAACCUGUUUUAUUUUAAUUUUUAUGCUCUUUUGGAUGUUACAACCCUCUUCAGAAUUCUAUGCAGUUUUGUUAUCCAUUUCACUUGCAAACUUUUAUUGGUUGAUCCUUUUUCAAAAACCUUAUUUUAGUUGCAACUGUAAUCAAUUCUAUGAAUGGUU